AUGCAUGUCAUGCUGCUCUCGUCCUGUGUCCUGGUCUGGCUCAUGCCCGGUCCAGGAUUUCCAGCUCCUACAUCUGCUCCGGAGGAAAAGAGCUCUCCUUCACCAGAACCACAGGUUGACUUGGAUCUGGCCACAGACUACCUGCGGCGGUAUUACAACCUGCAAAGAGAUCACAUGAAACAGAACAGGCUCUCCUUCAUCUCCAAAGUGAAAGACAUGCAGAGUUUCUUUGGGCUCAAUGCUACAGGCCUUCUAGACUCUGAGACCCUGAAGCUGAUGAGGAGCCCCCGGUGUGGCGUUCCCGAUGUGGAAGAAUCCAGUCGCAUCCAAGGGACACGCUGGGCUAAGAGCGUCAUCACAUACAGCGUCAGCAGAUACACCAGAGAUUUGCCUCGCAGUGUGGUGGACUCUUCCAUUGAGUCAGCUGUGGGUGUGUGGGCGGGGGUCAGUGGCCUGACGUUUGUCAGGUCUAACACCCGUACUGCAGACAUCACGGUGGACUUUGUGACCCACGCCCACGGUGACUUGUAUCCAUUCGAUGGCCCCGGGGGUGCUCUGGCCCAUGCCUUUGGUCCAGGCCUGGGCGCUGGAGGUGACAUGCACUUUGAUGACGAUGAGCACUGGACAGCAGGAGAAACAGGUUCCAAUCUAUUUGUGGUGGCAGCUCAUGAGUUUGGUCACGCGUUGGGCCUCAAACACUCCAGAAACCCAGAGUCUAUAAUGUAUCCUAACUACAGAAGCUCCCCUCCUGCCAACCUGCUGUCCACACAGGAUGUGGCCGAUGUCAACGCACUUUACAGUCCUCUCAGUGGUCAUUCAGAUUAUGCGUUGAGGAGCACAAAACACAACCCCUGGCUGCCCAACCAACUGUCCCACAGACUCCUGCCGGACAAAUGUGGACCCGACAUGACCUUUGAUGCAAUUACAACUCUUGGGGACUCAACCGUCUUUUUCAGAGACAGAUAUCUUUGGAUUAAGCACAAUGUGCAGUCUGACAUCAAAGAAGGUCCCAUCACCAACUUUAUGCCCAAGAUUGAAACGCGUGUGGAUGCUGCUUUCUGGGUACCCCGGAGAUCCACCGCCUACCUCAUUCAUGAAUCCAUGUUCUGGACAGUGAAAGGCUCCCUUGUGAAGGGAAAACCUCGAGCUCUCACCCACUUCGGAUUUCCAGCUUGGGUUCAAGAUGUUGAUGCAGCUGUGCACAUCGUCAAAACAGGGCGCACCCUCUUCUUUAUGCAUGAUAUUUACUGGAGCUACAAUGAAAACCGAAAGGUAAUGGAUUCUGGUUACCCGAAGUACAUCAUCGAAAGAUUUCCCGGAGUAAACUCCACAAUAGAUGCUGCUUUCCACAAAGAGAAUUUCAUCUACUUCUUUUUGGGACCGCAAGUCUACAAAUUCGACCUUACCCGCAAACUUGUUGAUUAUCUCCAGAGGUUCCAUAGUCUGAAACUCAUAGACAGAAACUCCAGAGGUUUGGGAAGAAGGACCAGGUCUGUGCCAGCCACGGAGGAGAAACUCAGAGAGAUACAGAACUUUGGUCUGAAAGAAUCAGAAAGCUUGGCGGAUUUCAUGAGAGAACCCAGAUGUGGGGUCCCGGAUGUGGAAAAUUUCAGUUUUUACCCCCUUAAGCCUAAAUGGAAGAACCACACCAUCACAUACAAGAUUGCAAAAUAUACCCCUGACAUGAGGAGAGAGGAUGUGGAGAGCUCCUUACAUGCUGCCCUGAAGAUGUGGAGCGACGCAGCACCACUGAGCUUCAUCAGAGUCAACCAGGGCAAAGCCGACAUAGUCUUCACCUUCGCCCGAGGAAUGCACGGGGAUUUCUUUCCCUUCGAUGGACCCCAGGGUGUGCUGGCUCACGCCUUUCAGCCAGGAGAGGGGUUGGGUGGAGACGUGCACUUUGAUGAGGAUGAGACGUGGACGGCAGGAAGGCAAGGUUACAGCCUAUUCGCUGUUGCGGCUCAUGAGCUUGGUCACUCCUUGGGCUUGACCCACUCAAAAGACCCCUCUGCUAUCAUGUACCCCACUUACAAGUAUCGCAGCAGCGCACCGUACGCUCUGGCCACAGACGAUGUGCUGGGAAUCCAAAUGCUCUAUGGAAAACCCAAAGACAAGCUAGGAACCCUGCCAACUGCUCCAAAAAAAUGCCACCCCCACUUUUCUUUCGACGCAGCUGCACUGAUCCAAAACGAGAUCACGUUCUUUAAAAACAGACGCAUGUGGCUGAGAACAACAAAGUCGUCUUAUUGGAAUCGUCUGAGGGAGGCCCCCAUCAGCGCAUAUCUACCCAGCGUAAAUUCUCCUGUCGAUGCUGCUUACGACAUCCCCGCCAAAGGCAUGGCGUACAUAUUCAGUGGUCCUAAGUACUGGGUGGUUCAGCGGCUCAGGACAAGGAGUCGUUCCGACUCCAUCUACGAAUAUGGGUUCCCCUCCUCCGUCAGGCAGAUUGACGCCGCGGUGCACGUCCACGAACACGGGAAAACUAUGUUCUUCGUAGGAGAGGUUUACUACAGGUAUGAUGAGAACAACAAACAGAUGGACCCUGGCUUCCCUAGACUUAUCCAAACUGACUGGCGAGGACUCCCACGACGGAUUGAUGCUGCAUUUAAGUUACAUGGAAGCAUAUUUCUUCUCAGUGGGUCAAAAUCCUAUCAAUUUGACUUCAGAAAAAAGCAGGUGGUGAAAGUAAUUCCUGGAAACUCUUGGCUGGGAUGCUGACUUACGCAUGAAACAUCCCUUUUAUGCGUUUUAAGAUCAAAUACUUCAUACAUACAUUGUGCAUAUAAUGAUGAAUGAUUAAAUGGUUGUUUGUUUAAUGUACAACACACAUGGAUGAAGAUGCAUGGUCUGAGCUGCAUGAUGUCAAUGCUGAAUGUUUUAUUUAUUUAUUCAGUUGAUAUGCUGAAUUCAAGUGUGUUUAUUCACUGGCUAUUGUUAUUGCACAUGUCAGUAAGAACACUGGCAAACUUUAAGACUGCACAUCUAGUUGACAACGUCUCAAUGUGGAACAGCUCCUUGGCGAAGGCUGCUCAAAACCCUGUCGUUGGUGGAAGGUUACACCACAGACUGUCACUUUAACAGCAUUAAGUCUGAGCCCCACCCAACUCAGAAUUGUUCAGAUGGUUUUCUUUUCUUUGAAAUAAGUAGUGGUUUGUUCGGGUAAGGCAUGAAUAUGUGUUUUGGGUAACCGAUUAAAAAAACUCAAGUAAAUAUGUACACACAUAUACAAAUAUAGUAAACUAUUUACAAGCCGAUGUCCCGCUGUCUGAAUACUUUCCUCUAAAGAAAAAAAAAAACAGACCCUCACAACAACAGGACAUACAUACCUAUCACACUUAUGAGUCUCUUGUUGGACUGGGUUCGAACCGGUAAAUGAACAGACUCCAUCUUAUUAUCGAACUCAAUUAGAUAAACUGUGCUAAAAGAUUUGGGCUGUUUUAAUAUUUCCUACAAUGAACAGAUGGAAAAACAUAAUGAACAUGUUCAGGAAAAAAAUAAAUGACUGUAUUGAGGAAAAUAAAGUCAACAGCAUGUUGUUUAAAAUAUCUUAUUAAAGAUGU